AGUGUAAAAACCUAUGAGAAUAGUCGCCGUGCAUUCCGGUUGGCUAAAUGGACCGACCUUUGGCUUUCAGCAAGUAAUAAGCGGAAGUCGCUCGCUCUCCCUUUUCCGUUGGCUUGGGGAUUCGCCGUUACAGCAUGGCCACUUUAAGCAGCUUUCGUCGUCUCUUUCGAGCCGCUCCGACUUCUUGCUGGCGGGUCCUGGCGGCUCCCUUCCGGACUGGCAAUAGCUGGAGUAAUGCCGCCCGCCUUGGGUCUUGCCGGACCUUCCACGCGGCGUGGGGGCUCAGCUCGGAAGAAAAAGUUACAGUGCACUUUAUAAAUCGAGAUGGUGAUAAAUUAACAGCCAAAGGAAAGGUUGGAGAUUCUCUUCUAGAUGUUGUGAUAGAUAACAAUCUAGACAUAGAUGGAUUUGGAGCAUGUGAAGGAACACUUGCCUGUUCUACAUGUCACUUAAUCUUUGAAGACCACAUAUUUGAAAAAUUAGAUGUAAUUACAGAUGAAGAAAUGGAUAUGCUGGACCUUGCCUACGGCUUGACAGAAAGGUCACGUUUGGGCUGUCAAAUUUGCUUGAAGAAAUAUAUGAACAAUAUGAUUGUCCGAGUGCCUGAAGCCGUUGCUGAUGCCCGGCAGUGUGUAGAUAUGAGCAAGAAUCCAUAAAAUAAUGCUUAAGGAUGUGUUCAUUGAUAUUAAAAAUAUUUCACUAGUUAUUUUUAAUUUUUUCAGAAAUUGAAAUAGUCAUUCUUUGAUUAUCUGUGUUAAGGUAUGGUUUUUUAAAAAAUUACAGCCUUAUUUUGAGAGAAUAAAACAAAAAGAUAUUUAGAA